CUAUUCAGCAGUUUGAAAUCAAUCCACAGCUUUUCUCAUUCACCCUCCCACUUGGGGCUAAUGCAAGCCAUGACCAUCUACUGAGGAAAACCACAAAAAACUUCAAAACAGCUACAACGGGAGAAAGAGAGUAUUGUCCCACAGUCAGCAGGCCACUAGCUUAUUAACUUCCAGUCACUUUCAUUUUUGCUAAAAUGAAGACUCUGCAAUCUACACUUCUCCUGUUCCUGUUUGUGCCUCUGAUAAAGCCAGCACCACCAUCUCAACAGGAUUCACGCAUUAUCUAUGAUUAUGGAACAGAUAAUUUUGAAGAAAGCUUAUUUAGCCGAGAUUAUGAGGAUAAAUCCCUGGAUGGAAAAAGUAUUAAGGAAAAAGAAACUAUGAUAAUAAUACCCGAUGAGAAAGGUUUUCAAUUACAAAAAGAUGAAAGUAUAAAACCAUUAUCCCCCAAGAAAGAAAAUGAUGAAAUGCCCACAUGCCUGCUAUGUGUUUGUUUAAGUGGCUCUGUAUACUGUGAAGAAGUUGACAUUGAUGCUGUACCACCCUUGCCAAAGGAAUCAGCCUAUCUUUAUGCACGAUUCAACAAAAUUAAAAAGUUGACUGCCAAAGAUUUUGCAGACAUACCUAACUUAAGGCGACUUGAUUUUACGGGAAAUUUGAUUGAAGAUAUAGAAGAUGGUACAUUUUCAAAACUUUCGCUGUUAGAAGAACUUACAUUAGCUGAAAAUCAACUACUGAAACUUCCAGUUCUCCCUCCCAAGCUUACUUUAUUUAAUGCAAAAUACAACAAAAUCAAGAGUAGAGGAAUCAAAGCAAAUACUUUCAAAAAAUUGAAUAACCUCUCCUUCCUCUACUUGGACCACAAUGCCCUGGAAUCUGUGCCUCUUAAUUUACCAGAAAGUCUGCGUGUAAUUCAUCUUCAGUUUAACAACAUAACUUCAAUUACAGAUGAUACAUUCUGCAAGGCUAAUGACACCAGUUAUAUUCGGGACCGCAUUGAAGAGAUACGCUUGGAGGGCAAUCCCAUCAUCCUGGGAAAACAUCCCAACAGUUUUAUCUGCUUAAAAAGAUUGCCUGUAGGGUCAUACAUUUAACCACUAUCAAUGCAGCAAAUAAGCUAAAGUACACACAUACUUAUAAUCUGUCUCAACAAUGUCUAAAGGAGCUUAAGUAUUUAAUAUUAAUUUUGUAUCCUACUAUGAAGGAACUUAUGUUUUAAGCAAGGAUGUUCAAAAAACCUUACAUAUAACAACAAGCAAAAAGUAAGAGUGAAUCUCUAAGUUCAAAACAAAGUAAUGUGAAAAUAUUUGAACAGCAUUACAAAAUCCCUGCAGUUUAUACUAGAGUACCAUUUAAAAGGUAUGUUUUUAUAUAAAUACCCAAAUUUAAGACGUAUUAUGAAGUGAAAGGAUAAGUCCAAGAAACUUUCAACUGUUUGUCUUUCCUGGCUUCUACCGGAUCCCUAAAGCAUUUAAGGCAUAUGUUCCAAAAACUUUGAAAAGCUAAAUAUUUCCAGGGACCUCUCACUUUUCUUUUAUCAUUCAUACAUUAUUCAUUAUGAAGUAGGAACUAUGUUUUCUUUCUAUUAAGGCAGCUACUAUAUUUUUACUUAGCCUCAGAAAUAGGAAUAUAGUCUCAUACCUAGGCAAAACUUUCCAAAUAAAGCAUAAUUUUACUCUCUGAGAAAGAACUAAUAUAGUAAUGUUCAGUUAUUCUGCUUUGUGAUCACACAAUUAAAGGCUUUAGUAAAAUAGUACAAAAUUUUCUUUAAUCUAAAUAUUAACAUUCUAAGUCCACCAUAAAACAUUUUAGGAAGCCAAGCACAUCAAAAUCAGUAUGCUUAUAAAAAAACCUGAAAGUCCAAUCCUGUUUCUCAGAACAUAGCCAUAAAAUUCUCCACUGUAAAGGCUUUCAAUUAUGAUAUAUACUGCAAAAUAUUUUCUUUUUAUACUAUAGGAAUGAGAAUCUCAUCAAUAAAUUUAUCCAAAU